AUGACUUACGACUUCAACAACGGCGGGGGUGAUGCCUAUCUCGACUUGACGACCUUCGAUACUCGAAAUCGCGCUGCUUACCAAACGUACUCGACUGCCACGACCCAUUCGAGUCCUUCGACUGCUUCAAACAUCAUGCCCCAGGACGCCCGGCACUGGGCUGUUCCCCUCGAUAUGUCUUCAAACAACUCUCACGGCUAUGCCUCGAUGAGCCCGGAGGAGCAUCAGUCUUCUCCUCCCUCUCAAUCAGCCAGUCCUCAUAGCCAGCACUCGCCGCUACAACAAUCACCUUUUCAGCAAAGUGUGAACCCCUUGACGGAUUGGGCCCUUCAGCAACAGCAGCAGCAACAGCAGCACCUCGCUGCUGCUGAUAUGACCCAGUUCAUCCAAGAUGCUGCCCUCAUGAGCUUCAAUGCCUUCCCUACAAACUUCCAGCCGACCAACCCCCUUGAUUAUCUUCCCGCGACUACACAGGCAGCUCUUCAAGCCAAUCUCCUCGAAUCGACAUUCAACGGACUGCCAAUGGACGACCACACACAAGCCGUAUGGCCCAACGCCGGAAUGGGGGACUGGCAGGAAUUCCAGAAUACUCUGCAGAUGGAUGGAUUACCUCGUCUUGAUAGCGUCGGAAGCAACUCACCUACCGGUACAUACCUCGAGGUUCUGUCUCUACCCUCAUCCUCGGGUGAGGGCUGGGCCAUGGUGGAUUGGAAUCAGCCCAACUUUGAUCAGUUCCAACAAGCUCACGCGCAGGGCGCUGCUAUCUUCAACCCUUCCCAGACCCUUCACUUGAGAACCAAUUCCGAUUCAUCCGAUGGCGCCAAUUCUAUGGAGUUUGGAAGCUUCGAGGAGAUUGCGCCUUUCCCUUAUUCUCCUUUCUCUCCCGAGUCUGACGGCUAUGUCGAUGCUGGUAACCACCGCAACUGCUUCAGCAAUGAUGGCCACGCUCAUAACCACGCCCACACUCACACACAUGUACAUGAGCCUGUCGCAACCAACACUGUCGCUACCACCGCUGUCGCCACUGUCGCAACUGUCCCCAUCAAGUCUGAACCCUCUUCAAGCCGUCAUAGCCCCGGCAGUGGUGCCGGAUCUGUAUCCCCAUCUUCUAGCAGCACUACCCGCCGAAACUCGGGUCCUCGUAAGAGCCCCAUUACUAAGAGCACCACCAAGAAUGUUGUUCGACGUAUUUCCAAUGGCAAGAAGGAUGGUACUGUUGAGAAGAAGGUUGGCCGCAGAAAGGGACCUCUUCUACCUGAACAGAGAAAGCAGGCUAGUGAGAUCAGAAAAUUGCGAGCUUGUCUCCGAUGCAAAUUCCUCAAGAAGACUUGCGAUAAGGGUGAGCCCUGUGCUGGUUGCCAGCCUUCUCACGCCCGUCUCUGGCAGGUCCCUUGCACUCGUAUCGAUAUCAAGGAUAUUGGUUACUUCAUGAAGGACUGGAAGGCCGACUACGAGCGACACAUGGACCGUGGUGUCUCAGUCUACAAUGUCAAGGGUUUCGCCCAGAAGGAGACCCUUAUGUGGAUCACCCACGGUUACGGUUUCGCGCUCCCCGUUAUGGUUCGCGAGGUCUUUGUUGCCGAUGAUAGCUGCUUCUCGGUUGACUGGGUCGAGUCUACACUUACCGACCAGGAGCCUAUUGACUUCGAGACCCGCACUGAGAAGCUUGACGUCGGUGCCGAAGGCAUUCGUCUUGAUGCACUCUCUGAGUAUCUUGAUAAGCACAUUGAUGGUCCUUUCGAAGACUUCAUUGACGACCAUUUCGAGGGUACACCUUUUAUCACCGAAAUCCUUAAGACCGCUCACCGCUACUAUGUCAAGGAGAAGAUGCCUGUUAUCCGAAAGUCGCUUAAGCUGGUCCUUGCCUACAACCUCACCAUGCACAUCACCAUGGUUGAGAACCAAGGAUCCGAGGUUGACCUCGAUGGUCAGAUCGACGAUGAGGACUCCAAGUACUACGGUCGUACUGUCGCCCCCGUCAUGAUCAACUUCCAGAUCAAGUGUGCCCUCGCCGACAUGUGGCGUGAGUUGCAGAAGGAUAUUCUCGAGGAGCUCUCUGCCCUCUACUCUGGUGUCUACAGUGGUGAGAAGAUGAAGAACUGGCCUACCAUCUUCAUGAUUGCCUCCAUCCUCCUUGCCGUCUGGGAGGAGAUGCAGUUCGAUUGCCACUACCGAGUCCCCGACCCUGUUGCCGUCAACAAGUUCUGCACUGAUAUGGAGACAACACCUGUUGGUGUUAUUGUGGGUCUUUUCCACGCCAUCUCCCAGAAGCUCCCUGCCUUCACCGACUGGGAUACACGCAAGCAUGGCCACCUCCUCCACAACAACACCUCGGUCUGCGAGGCCAUGACUGAAGUGAGACAGCACGUCAUCAAGCACGAGGCUUAUCUUCGUACCCGCAAGGAGUCAAAGUUUGACCGCUACGACUUCGACUCCCUGUCCAACAAGUUCCUCUCGAAACUUGUUAUCCGGGCCAACUAA